AUGCCUUUCGUAACUCUCCACUCCCUCCUUCGCUACUCACAUUUCCGCCGCAGCGGGUGCCGCAUCCUCUGGGACGUGCGGUCCGACCCGCACCACGGCAGCGUGCGGCACUACCGCUCGUACCAGCCCCUCUCCUACGCCCGCCUCGCAGAGUUCGCCACGCGCCCGCCCGUGUACUCCAUGACCAUCAAAUGCAACGUCUUCCCCUUCCCCGCGAGCUGGCGCAUCUACGUCGCGAACCCGCGCGGCGUGUGCGUCCUCGACGUCCUGCUCGCGAUCGCGCAUGCCCUGCGCACGCCCGUCACCCGGGCCGAGUGGCAGCGGCUGUCGCGCAAGCAGCGCGAGGGCGUCGGCGCGGCGUUCAACCAGCGCUGGAGCCAUUCGCCGGACGCGUACUAUGAGCGCUCGCGCGGGGUGAGGCGGAUAGAUUGUUUGCAGCGCCAUACCCGCUUUGCAGGGCUGUCCCGGUCUUGGGAUGCGCCCUAUAUGUGGACCAUGACCCUCGCUCGCCAGCGCUGA